AUGAUGAUUAAGCCAUAUGUGAGACAAGGCGAGGGAGAGGAGGUUGUCAGCCCUCUGCAGUGGAUGGAUGGAGACAUGAGCUCACCUGAUGGAGACGUGUCCGUCUCAUCGCACCGCUACAGAGCAGGUGGAGUGAGCCAACAGGACAGAGAGAUGGGGAGUGAGGAUGCUGAGGAAGACGGGGAGGAAGAGGAGGAGGAGGAGGAGGAGGAGGAGGAGGGACAGGCUGAUGAAAACGAGUCCAAACGACGAGGGCCCAAGAAAAAGAGGAUGACCAAGGGCCGGCAGGAGCGAUUCCGUGCGAGGCGUGUAAAAGCCAACGCCAGGGAGCGCUCACGUAUGCACGGUCUAAACGAUGCACUGGAGAACUUGCGCAACAUCAUGCCCUGUCACUCCAAAACACAGAAACUGUCCAAGAUCGAGACAUUACGGCUGGCCCGCAACUACAUCUGCGCUCUGUCUGAGGCCCUGGAGGGGGGCCUCUCCACAGAGAGCAGGGCUUUCAUGGAGACGCUGUGUAAGGGCCUCUCACAGCCCACCACCAACCUGGUGGCUGGCUGCUUGCAGCUGGGGCCUUCUCCUGGUGGUGGGAUGAGGCCUGAGGACACGCACAGAGUUCGGGCAGCACCAACUUCUCUCGGUGGCAUAGUGAGCUACUCCUCUCCAGGCCUGCCAAGUCCGCCUUACGGCACUUUUGACUCUGCUCACCUGCUUCACCUGAGGGCGAUGAAAGGAGGAGUGUACCAGAAUCACUCACCUAAUGAAUAUAACGCUGGCGGUGUGGGGACCCCUCCAUAUGAUGGCCCCCCUACACCACCUCUGAGCAUCAGCAGUAACCUGGUGCCCAAACAGGAGCCUUCACCCCACUACCCACCCCCACACCACUUCUCCCCCACCCCUGUGGACCAGGGCUUGUAUCAGACUCAGACCGGCUAUGACGUACACUUAGAGGGACCAUAUGACUCCUACCAUCCACCCCACAUGCCCCCCCGACAGAUAACCUCCGUCUACAGAGACUAA